AUGGGGAUCCGGGAGUUCCCCAACGGCUCCGCGCGGGGCAAAGCCGCCACCCUCGGCAUGCGGCGCUCCCCCGAUGUCAGUCCCCGGCGGCUGUCCGACAUCAGCCCGCAGCUGCGGCAGCUGAAGUACCUGGUGGUGGACGAGGCCAUCAAGGAGGACUUGAAGUGGUCCCGCUCCGUGGAGGACCUCACCAGCGCUUCCGUGGGGCUCACCUCCAUCGAGGAACGGAUCCUCCGCAUCACCGGCUACUACGGCUACCAGCCCUGGGCCGCCAGCUACAAACGGGAUGAGCGCUCCCGGGAGUCUCCAGCCCCAGCCGAAGCACAGAUGCAAGCCGGGGCGGAAGGCAGUGGAAGGGUGAACCGCUGUUGCUGGAAAUGCUCCGUGACACAACUCAAGAAGAUUUUCUGGGGUGUGGCCGUGGUCCUGGGUGUCUGCUCCUCCUGGUCGGGUUCAACCCAGCUAGCAAAACUGACCUUUAAGAAAUUCGAUGCACCCUUCACUCUAACGUGGUUUGCAACAAACUGGAACUUUUUAUUCUUUCCUUUGUAUUAUCUUGGACAUGUUUUUAAGUCAGCUGAAAAGCAGUCUCCAAAGCAAAGAUACAGGGAGUGCUGCCGAUUUUUUGGAGAAAAUGGCUUGACUUUGAAGGUGUUUUUUACCAAGGCAGCACCCUUUGGUGUCCUUUGGACACUCACAAACUACCUUUACUUACAUGCAAUAAAGAAAAUAAACACUACGGAUGUCUCCGUGUUGUUCUGCUGCAACAAAGCUUUUGUGUUCUUGCUUUCAUGGAUCGUUCUGAGGGACAGGUUCAUGGGAGUGAGGAUCGUGGCUGCUAUAUUUGCUAUUGCAGGGAUAGUUAUGAUGACAUACGCUGAUGGGUUUCACAGCCACUCCGUUAUUGGUAUAGCCCUGGUGGUGGGCUCUGCGUCAAUGUCUGCUCUCUACAAGGUUUUAUUCAAGCUUCUUUUGGGCAGUGCUAAAUUUGGAGAAGCUGCCUUAUUCCUGUCCGUGUUAGCUGUCUUCAACGUCCUCUUCGUUACCUUUAUUCCUGUCAUCCUUUAUUUUACCAAAGUGGAGUACUGGAGCUCUUUUGACAUCGUUCCUUGGGGAAGCCUCUGCGGAUUUUCGAUUCUCUUAUUGACAUUCAAUAUUCUACUAAAUUUUGGGAUUGCUAUUACAUACCCCACCUUGAUUUCUCUUGGAAUUGUACUGAGUGUCCCAGUGAAUGCAGUUGUUGAUCACUACACGAGUGAAAUUGUCUUCAACAGUGUCCGAGUAAUCGCCAUCAUCAUUAUUGGGCUGGGCUUCCUCCUGUUGCUCUUGCCAGAGGAAUGGGACGUCUGGGUAAUAAAGCUCCUCACACGUCUCAAAGUCCGGAAGAAGGAAGAAAUCCCCGAAGGGAAUGGAGACAUUGCUUCAGGACUGCCUAACAAAAGCCGGAGAACUCGCCCGUCCAUGUCAUCCUUUGCUCAUUAA